ACACAUACAAAUAUACAUUGCAGGUAUUGUCAUUGCAGCUGUGGAGUCAGUGGCGCGCCUAAUGGAUGAUCAAUACGUUUUAUUUGUUAGACACAGUUUGUUUACUGGGUUGCUGUUUCAGCAAGCGUCCCCUGCCUUGCUGCCCCUGCCUUCACUAAGCGCCUCCUUCUGCGCGACCGAGCUGUUCAUGGACAGAGCUGGACGAGGCGAGGGGGAAAAAAGAACUCGGAUCACAACACAAAGCUCCUUCACAUGGAGUUUCUGGCGGAGUUUCUGCAGUCUAGUCCGAGAGGAAGCGAACGAAAUUGAUAAUAGGUACGAAAAGUGUGCGCGUAACCGUGUUCUUUAGCCUUUCCGGUAAUCUUAGAAAAGACCAUGCAUAGCAUAGAGCUAGCAUAGCCUAAACAUGCGUGUGCACAGACUUUCAAACGUGUUGUGCUUUAUUUUAGUAAACCUUGCUGAGGCUUUGGGCAACAGUGUCGAGGAACGCGCUGAACCACUGGACGCCAACUUUGAGAAGAAGAUCAAACUAUCGAGCUGGCUGCAAUAGCACAUCGACGUUCCUCGGCGUGAUUAUUUCCCAGUGGCUGCUUUGACUACCGGUAACUGUAGGACUGGAGGUAAAAAAAAAAACUACAAUAAUCUUUGCAUAACAAAAAAUAAACUUUUUUUAUUUUUGUAUUGUAUCUCGGCGCAAGCGCCCUGGCUCCUUCUCGCUGUCACUAAAAACAUUUUUCCCCCUUCACACUGGAAACUGUCACAAGUGACGUCAAUCACUGAGCUCUGACCAAUUAGAGAGCAGGAUGAUUGUUCGGCUCGGCGGGCUGCAGCGCCUACCAUGAAUCUCUAUUCAGUAUAUCAAAGCGUCCUGCUGCUGCCUCUCAACCGAAUGGGAUUCCAUGUAGGCACAGAGAUAGGAACUAAACUUUAGGAAGUUUUUAUUUUUUUCUUGUUAUUUAUCCCCCCGUAUUUUUUCUCUCUUCUCUAAAGCGAUUAAAAUAUAUUUGUCAUCAUCAUUAUUAUUUUGCCUGCUGUCAAGUUAUUCAAAAAAAAAAAAAAAUAGGAGUAAUGAGCGUGGAUGCUUUGGGAAGCCCCGUGAUGGACCCUACGUUUUCCAAACGGAACACGGCGCUGAGAUUAGUUGACUUGGCAGGGGCUCACCACCAUCACCAUCAUCACCACCAUACCCCUCAGAGCGUGACAGGCUUCCCGGGGUUCAGCAGCCAUCCCCACUCAAUGGCUCACUCGCACCCUGGGGAGAUUACUGCGGAACCCCGCCUGGGGCCGAGUCCAUUCGGGCCAGAACACAUGGGGCACUCCGCGGCCCUCAAAAUCAGCCCAGCCCAUCAUUAUUCCCACCGCCACCACCACCACCACCACAAUCAUCAUAUUCCAGGCCACGGCGACGUGGUCUCCAGUCAAACAGGAGCCUUUGGCCCGGUGCAAGCGGCGACGGUGCCCUACUCUAUGUCUCACACGGCCCAGGCAUUAUCUGCAGGUAGCAGUUACCCGGGACACUAUGGUCAGCACGCCGACGCCCUCUUCCCCGGACUCCAGCACGAGCAGCCGUCAAGCGGAGCGCCAGGUGGCCAAACCCUGAACGGACAAAUAAGGUUGGGGAUACCUGGAGACAUGUACAUGAGGACUGAUCAUCACUUGACUCCAGUGGCGAGCUCCAGGGCGGACCCGUUCGCAGCCUCGCCUCUGCACGGCUACGGCGGACUCAGUCUGAACAUGAACCUCGGCGCCCACCACCACCACCACCAGCAGCACCACCACCACCACCACGGCGCCGGCGCCUUCCUCCGCUACAUGCGACAGCCCAUCAAGCAGGAGCUCAUCUGUAAGUGGCUGGAGCCAGAGCACUCAGCCAAGAAACUUUGCUCCAAGACCUACAGCACCAUGCACGAGCUCGUCACCCAUGUGACCGUGGAGCACGUCGGAGGACCCGAGCAGGCGAACCACGUCUGCUUCUGGCAAGAGUGUCCGCGGGAAGGGAAGCCCUUUAAGGCCAAAUACAAACUUGUGAACCACAUCCGCGUGCACACGGGAGAGAAACCUUUCCCCUGUCCGUUCCCCGGCUGUGGAAAAGUGUUCGCGCGAUCAGAGAACCUGAAAAUACACAAGAGGACUCACACAGGCGAAAAGCCAUUUAAAUGCGAGUUUGAUGGCUGUGACAGACGUUUUGCAAACAGCAGCGACCGGAAAAAGCACUCCCACGUGCACACCAGCGAUAAACCCUACAACUGCAAAGUGAGAGGUUGUGACAAAUCGUACACGCACCCCAGCUCUUUGAGGAAGCACAUGAAGGUCCACUGCAAGUCCCCACCUCCGAGUUCGGGUUACGAGUCAUCGACCCCGUCUCUGGUUUCUCCUUCGUCGGACUUGGGCCGAGAGCCAGCACCCUCCGCGCUCUCUGAGUCACUCUCGGGCUCGCAGGCCGCCAAUUUGAGCGAGUGGUACGUGUGCCACAGCUCAGGGGCCAGCGGUGCCCAGAGCCCCCCCAGCGGCUCGUCCACACCCGACCCUUCGGAAGGACCAACGUACAGGAAUUCUGAAGGAGUGGGUGCGUUCUAGACAGAAAAAAACUGAUGCGCACCCCUAUUCCUGAAUUCAGAGCGAAAGUGCAUUAAUAAAUACUGAGAUAAAAUGUGUUCUAGAAAACAACGAGAGCGCGUCUCCGGUGCAGAAGGUUAGUGCGUUCCAAAAUAAACAAAUGUAUUGCAUUCUAGAAUACACAACGUGAAUGCGUUCUAAACUGCACAGGGUGAGUGCGCUCUAAAACGCAUCUCUAAAACGCAUGCACCUUUAUGCUUUAAUGCAAAUCUAGAGUGUGUUCUAGAAUGCCAAAACAGUAAUGCAUUUAAGAAUGCAGAGCUGGUCGAUGGUCUAGCGUUCUGCAGAACGGGAAUGCGUUCUGGAAUUCAGACCACCGACUCCAGAACAUUCCCCUGGCCAAGUGACUUAGCAGCUUCAUUUCUUACUUCUCCUCCCAGGCUGAGAAGAUUUAGAAACGCAGGCCUGUGUUUCAGUGGCCCAACCGUACAAUGCACUGGCGUAAUGACAGCUAAUGUCACAGCCAAACCACAAACUGAGGCAGCCAACUUGUUUCCCCACAUGGCUCACUAUGGACUGAUAUCACGAGUGUCCGUUUUCCUAAAUGGUAUACUCAUCGAUCACACGCAUGUGGAUGUAUUAUUUUGUAAAUUCUAAUUUGACUUCAAUAACUUCUUAAUUUAUUUUUGAACCAGUAUUGGAUUUCUUUUUGUAUUAUCGAACCAAAGUGCUUCAACUUUAAAAAAGUGUACAUUUGUAAAUAACAAUGUUUUAAUGUGUAUGUGUGAACAGUAAUUUUGUAAGGUUCAGUAUUUCAGCUAUUUUUAAAUGUUUGCUACUAUUGUUUGUAAAAAUAAUAAUAAUAUUUGGUAUCAUUUUAAUAAUUUGAAUUUCAUAAAGAGGUAGACAAUAUCUUGUGCUUUCUGCAGCCGAGAGUUUGAUGGAAGCAUUGUUGCUGUAUUUGAUAUGACAUUUCAUUUAUUAUUAGUCAUUGAUAAAUGUGAACAUUUUUGCAUUUUGUGAUUUUUGUAAAUCCUGUCAACAAGUAAUUUUUACAAAAAAAUCAAUUAUAAAAGGAGACCUUAAAAUGUGUACCGAAAAUGCCUUGUAAGUUGUGAGUACUUUGAAUAAACUGUGUACAAUGACAUGCAAAAUUAA